UUUUUAGAUUGUUUUAUUCACAUAUUCAAAUCCCUGUGAUUGUUUAAUAAAAGUUUGGUUAGUUUAUCUGAUUAGAAUGCCACAAUACAUCUACUAUCUUGGCUCUCCUUUAUUCCAUCUUGCUAUAAUGAUUGAACGUCUUUUGGCUACAAUUUAUGUUAAAAUUUAUGAGAAACAAGGGAAAAUGUUCGGGUGGAUAUUUAAUUUAAUAUUUGGCCUUUACCUUUACAUUACAACACAAAUGGAUACCGACUAGGGUUUCACCGGAAGUUCCGGUUCCGGUUCCGGUUCCGGAAAGUUCCGGCCUUUUUUUGGUUCCGGUUCCGGGAACCGGAACUCAAAUUGGUUCCGGUUCCGGUUCCGGCUCCGGUUUACAAAUUGGUUCCGGGCAAACCGGAACUUUUUUACACCCCUAACGAUCCCUUUUUUAAAAAAUAUUACUAAACUACUCGCACUCUCGGUCUUUGUAUUAAUGGAAAAAUCGAAAGAAAUAUGUUUAAUUUCUU